UCAAAAAAUGUGUCAAAUGGACUAGCAGGAUGGCAAUGGUUCCUUUUUCUUCAGUAAAAACCAACUCCACCAUCUUCACAUUCAGAGCACCUCAUUUUCAAUACCUCUGUGUAUCCACUCUUGCUCACAUUUUCUCCCAGCAAAAAACUACCAAACCCAAAAAUGGCAAACACCUCAUUAACCCCAAACCAAAAUCACCUUCUUCCAAAUCCAAGAAAGCUGCAAACAUGGCGUAUAUCAUCAACACAAACCCAUGGUCAUCUAUUCUUGAAUCUUCUCUUUCCUCCCUCACUCAACCUUCCCUUUCUCACACCACUGUCCUUCACACACUCCGCUUCAUCAACACACCUUCCAAAGCCCUUCACUUCUUCAACUGGACCCAAAAAAUGAGGUUUCCACACACCCAUCAAUCGUAUUUACUCAUGCUGCAACUCCUCGCCAAUGCCCGUAGCUUAAAUUCAGCAAGAAACUUCCUCUUAUCUAUACCCAAAAGGUCUAAUGGUACUGUACCACUUCAAGAUAACUACUUUAACAUCUUGAUUCGAAGUUUUGGUAGUGCUGGGCUUUUUCAAGAAUCAUUGAAGGUGUUUAAACUGAUGAAGUCACUUGGAGUUUCACCCUCUGUCAUUACGUUCAAUAGUUUGUUUUCGAUCUUGCUUAAGAGGGGUCGAACCGGUAUGGUCUACCAACUGUUUGAUGAAAUGCUUAAGACAUUUGGUGCUAAGCCUGAUGUGUAUACUUUUAACAUUUUGAUCAGAGGAUUUUGUAUGAACUCUAUGGUUGAUCAAGGGUUUAGGUUUUUUAAGGAGAUGGAGAAGCAUGAAUGUGAUCCGGAUGUGAUUACAUACAAUACCAUUAUUGACGGUUUGUGUAGGGCGGGGAAAGUGAAGAUUGCACAUAAUGUGUUAAAGGGUAUGGUCAAGAGAGGUCAUCAGUUGAGUCCUAAUGUUGUAAGCUUUACUACUUUGGUUAGAGGGUAUUGUGAGAAGCAAGAGGUUGAACAAGCUCUUGAUGUUGUUGAGGAAAUGAUAUAUUGUGGUCUAAAACCGACAAGUAUUACUUAUAAUACUCUUAUACAAGGUCUGUGUGUGGCUAAAAGAUUUGACAGAAUAAAAGACAUCUUGGAGGGGACUGUAGGAGGCGGAGGACUUAUUCCAGAUACAUGUACUUUCAAUACGUUGAUUACCUAUCACUGCAACGUGGGAAAUAUGGAUGAAGCAAUAAAAGUUUUUGAGAACAUGUCAAAGUUAAAGGUGAAGCCUGAUUCAGCAACGUAUAGCGUCUUAAUACGGAGCUUUAGUCGAAAAGGAUACUUUGAGAGGGCAGAGAAAUUAUUUGAUGACGUAAUGAAGAAGGAGGUAUUGCUUUGUGGUGAUGGCUGUACUCCUCUUGUUGCAGCAUACAAUCCCAUGUUUGAGUAUUUGUGCAAGAUUGGCAAGACGAAAAAGGCUGAGAAAGUAUUCAGGCAGCUAAUGAGAAGAGGAACUCAGGAUCCUUUUGCUUAUGAACUCCUGAUCACGGGGCAUUGCAAAGAAGGCACAUUUAAUGAUGCACAUGAACUCUUAGUUUUGAUGUUGAGGAGAGAUUAUGUACCUAAUAGUGUAAUUUACGAGUCCCUAAUUGAAGGUUUGCUUCAAAAGAAUGAGCCUAAAGUUGCUUACGAUACUCUAGAGAAGAUGUUGAAAAGCUCCCAUCUUCCGAGGUCUUCGACUUUCCAUCAAAUCCUUACGGAACUUAUCAAGAGCAAGUGCGCAAGUGAAUGUGCUUCCUUGGUGAAACUAAUGUUAGAUAACAAAGUUAGACAAAGCAUUAGUCUUUCAACUGAUACUGUGAGGAUACUCUUCCUAGCAGGUUUAAAGGAAAGAGCUUUCGAGAUUGUUAGUUGCCUUUAUGAAAAUGAAUACAUGGUAAAUAUGGAAGGUUUGGUUGUUUUCCUUUGCCAGUGUAGAAAGUUAUUGGAGGCACACAAAUUGUUCCUGUUUAGCUUAAGUAAGGGUCAUAUUCUGAAUGUAGAUACAUGCACUACUCUUUUAUCUGCUCUCUGCAAAGCACGUAGAGCUUCAGAAGCAUUUGAGAUUUACUAUGAGUUGCUCGAUAAAGGAGUCCAACAACCUUUAGAAUGCAUACAAGAGUUACGGCUUGUUCUUGAAACUGAAGGAAGAAGUAAGGAAGCUGAAUUUGUUAAGAAGAGAAUCCUAAGCCAAUCAGUCCGAUAGAUUGGAUCAAAUCAAACUUGUGCAUCUGAAGGAGAUCGAUAUCUGUUGUGUAUAGCAUGCAAGAGUUCUACUUUUCGCAUUUUGUUCUGAAAAGUAAAGGUUUGCAUAUGGUGUUGGUACUUCCCUUACAUGGCAAUUCUGUCUGGGACUGAAUGCCUCUGGAAUGUGAGGGAUUAAGAGUGCUAUCUGGUUCAGGAUUAUGGACAAGUCUGAUUCGGAUAGCCAUUGAUGACCGGAAACUUAACAGUCCUGAGGUCGCUGGUUCACCCAAAUUUGCUGCUUAAUAAUUUUGAGAAAAAUAUGGUGCAAGUGCAUGCAUAGGGGAUGGGUUCUACACUUGAUUACAACAGUGUUGGACAUCAUAAACAGUCAAAAAAACUCCAUAUUUGCAAUAUUCCAUGCAUUGUAGUUUCUGGACAUUAUAACACUACAUAUUGUGCAUUGUAGUUUUUGGAUAUUACAACACAAUUUUGAAAUUUGUCAUUUUUG